UUUGUGCCAACCAGUCAUCGGGCCAAGAAAUGAUCAAUUUGAGACAACAGUUGAAUCAAGAAACUACAAUAAGGUUAUCCCUCACGAGACAAGUGUAUUCUUUGGUGGAUGAUAUGACUACAAUGAAAAGACAGAUGGAGAAAAUGGAAGCCAAAGUACAAGAAAUGGAAAAGAAAGAGAAUGCUCUUCAACUUGCAAAUCAAAAAUUGCAGACACAACUACAUGAGAAUCUGAUGAACAACUCGAUUGGUGAAAAUUCCGAGCAAAUUAGAAAAAUACAAAAUGAUCUCUUCAAUUUCACAUCAACCUUAGACGCUAUUUACAAUGGAACGUAUAAUGAGAAAAGAGCAGUUGUAUUCAAUGCAGCCAUCAGCAACACGUUAAAUUUUCAAUUCAACACUCCGGUCAAUGUUGUGUACGACUCAGUUUUAUAUCAAACUGGCAACGCCUACAAUCCACGAAAUGGUUUCUUCACGGCGCCCUCUGGUGGACUUUAUAUCUUUUCGUGGUCAACUUUGGUUGCACCAAAUAAAAUAUUUGAUGCAGAACUUUUAGUAAACGGUCAACGAAAGGGCUUAGGAAACUGUAAUAAUGAGGGCAAUCCUAGUUACGGAAACUGUGCUAAUACCAUACCUAUUGUUCUAAAAUUCAAAGACGAAGUCAAUAUUCGUACAAAUACGGCAAAUUAUAUUCAUGGAAAUCAUUGGUCAAGCUUCAAAGGAUGGAAAGUUUGGUAAACCAGUUUAAAUUUUUUUUAUCAAUUAUACAUUGGAUAUCUAACAUUUUACUGACUGAGCAUGGCAAGUAAAAAAAAUGGAUGAAGAAUGUAUGUCAGUCUUUGUCUGGCUUUAAGAUGUACAAUAAAUAUUUUUAAAAUCUUGUUUUCAAGAUUCAGAUUGUAUAGAACCUUUCACUUAUAGAAGGAGACACAAUAGUAUUAACUUGUUUGUCCUGUGUCUGUUCAGUUCUUUUUCCUCAGAAAAUCGUGUCUUUGCGAUAUCCUCAGAUUAACUUUAAAUAUGUGCUUUGUUGCAAAUAAAUUUAAAGGUGUUAAUUAUCUUGUUUCAAAGUCAUAUCAUGAAAUCUUAAUGACCAAUUGGAAUAUGUCCUGACGUGUAUGAUCUUGACUGAAAGUUCAGUAAAUUGUUGAUGACUUAUUAUUUAUGUUUUAUUAGCUGGAUUCAACGUACGUCAUGUCUAAAAAAAAUCAUGGUCUUGUCCUAAAGUUCAUGUAGGUAUGAUAAUGAAUACAACUUUGAAAGGGAGACAGCCCUUUUUGUGUCAAGGGAAAAUCUAUAAUUGUAUAAUUUUUCAUUGCAUGAGACAUGUAUUUUUCUAAUAUCUGAUUUUAAUAACAAACUUAUCUUCUUUAUUUUCUUUUCUUCAUUAUAUUUUCUUUUCAUUAUACCUACCAAAGAUUAUUUCAUUAGCGGAAAGAAAUUUGAGGUAAUAUGAAACUAAACAUAAUACCUUUCAGGCACUAAGGUAAACGCUGAAAAAUUUCAUGCACAAAUAUUUCACUUUGUGAAAAAUUCAGAAGUAUUA